AUGAUACUAAAAUUUCACCCAGAAGAGCAAGAAAAUACAGGAAAAAUUGGAUUGCUAAUAGUUGUGGCUGGUAUGGUUGGUUCAGUGGUUUGUGGAAUUGUUCUGGAUCGAUUUCACGAGUACAAGUUUUUUAUGACUGGAUAUUUGCCGAUUGGAUUCGAAUUUGCGGCCGAAUUAACUUUUCCAAUAGCCGAGGGGACAGCUUCGGGCCUGCUGAAUGCCUCUGCUCAGAUUUUUGGCAUAUUGCUCACAAUGGGUGUUGGUUUCAUUAUUCAGUAUGUCAGUGUUUUUGCUUGUAAUCUGACUCUCACAGGCUUUCUUGUUGUCGGAACUUUUCUCACAGGUCAGUUGUGUUGUUUCGCUGAAUAGCU